GGCAAGGUGACAACGUUACCUCUCAAGGGCAAGGUGACACCUUUAGCCCUCAAGGGCAAGGUGACAACUUUAGCCCUCAAGGGCAAGGUGACAACUUCAGCCCUCAAGGGCAAGGUGACAACUUUACCCCUCAAGGGCGAGGUGACAACUUUGCCUUCAAGGGAGAGGUGACAACUUACCCUCAAGGGCAAGGUGACAACUUUAGCCCUCAAGGGCAAGGUGACAACUUUACCCCUCAAGGGCGAGGUGACAACUUUACCCCUCAAGGGCAAGGUGACAACUUUACCCCUCAAGGGCAAGGUGACAACUUUACCCCUCAAAGGCGAGGUGACAACUUUACCCUCAAGGGCGAGGUGACAACUUUACCCCUCAAGGGCGAGGUGACAACGUUACCUCUCAAGGGCAAGGUGACAACUUUACCCCUCAAGGGCGAGGUGACAACGUUACCUCUCAAGGGCGAGGUGACAACUUUACCCUCAAGGGGCGAGGUGACAACUUUACCCCUCAAGGGCGAGGUGACAACUUUACCCCUCAAGGGCGAGGUGACAACUUUACCCCUCAAGGGCGAGGUGACAACUUUACCCCUCAAGGGCGAGGUGACAACUUUACCCCUCAAGGGUGAGGUGAAUGAGAGCAUCAGAAGAGAUUACAAACACAUUAAUAUUGUUAAGAGACACUAA